UAUCCAACCUUCUUGCGAUAAGUUGAUACAAAAUUUUAAGGUUAUAGUUGUACAUUAAUAGAUAUGUUCGUGUUGCUUGAAUUUUUUGCAUGUGAAAGAGCGUCUCGCGCAGAUUGACCCCAUUCAUAUUACCCGCCAUAACAUGAUGGCGCACCGUAGAGAAUUAACGCACUAGCCUCGAACCCCGAACUCGCUGAUUGGUUGCUUGAGUUAGAUGCAUUCGCCCCCUAGGGCAUCGGACGCGAAGACUUACUCGUGGUACUUGCGUGAUGGAGAUAAGAAGCUCUUGUAACAAGAACGAAUAAAUACUUGUGAAAACGAUAAACGAGUUGAAUACUUUUACAGUUCAGAAGUGGGAUAAAUACCCAUCGGUUCACUCAGUGCUCGUCCGUCUCGGUCGACUUAUAAACGAGUCGGCAUAUUCAAUCGUUUUCUUUUAUUUUUCUCUUUCUUCCGUCUGCGAAGUUUUUCCCACGCGAACGGACACACGUGCGCGUCCACGACACGUCAGUUAGUGUUUCGUCAACGAUUGUUUGGUACGAGAUUUCUCACGAAGAUCCCAUGGUGAUUACCCGUUCAGGGACUACAACUAUGCGUCGAGAAGAUCUAGAAAAGUUCUCUGACGCCGAGCUUCACGACGAGCUUGUCAAAGCGGGAAUUCCCCUCCAUGAAAGCAGACACGCGAGUAUAGACCACUUCUUAGCAUUUUACGAAAAAAAGAAAGUUCCAAGCAGAGCAAAAAAUGCUGACGAUGUGGCGGUCGGCGGAAUCUACACACAGGAUAAAGCCCCAUCCGGAGAUAUACAUAAAGGUACGUCAGAUCUUUCCUUAGAAGAAAAAAUUAAUUUUAUUUUUAAAAUGUUAGAGGAAAAGGACAGAAAAGAAGAGGUUCUCCCACCACCUAACGCGCCGAGUCUGUUCUACACGCAACAAACGGCACCGGUACCAAAUUUGUUUUUCAGCGCAGCGGCGUCCUCGCCGUUUGCGUCGGUGGUGCCCAACCUGGACUACCUAACGGCCGGCUCAAGUGCAUUUUUCGACACUGCCUCUAAUUCUCACGGUAGGAUCCCUAUGCCGCCUGGAUUUUAUCAGUCGUCACAAGCCUCUCAGGGUCCUACAGUGACCACGAUGCAAGGUUUCCCCACGGUUUCGCCAGCACAAAUGGUGAAUCUACUGGUAUCGCAACUGCCUACGUUCUCUGGUACAGAGGAUGAUGACGUAGAUACAUGGAUUAAAGAGGUGGAAUUCGUAGCAAGACUGCAUGAGGUAAAUGAAAAAGUAUUGAUCCUGGCUGCCUCACAGAAAUUACAAAAAACUGCACGAGAAUGGUUUGAUAUGGACCCAGGCCAUAUAAUAAGUUCAUGGCAAGCAUUCAAGGAGGCCCUGUCUCGUCGCUUCCAUCGACGCAUCCCAUUCAGGGAAACGAUGCAAAAAAUCGAAGCCAGACGAUGGAAUUUCGGAAGAGAAACGUUCCAAGAUUACGCAAUGGCAAAAUCAAAACUAUUGCAUCCUCUACAUCUUCCUGAUAGAGAGUGCGUAUAAUACCUGGUGGCCGGUAUAUCCAAUUUUGCUGUGCGCGCUUCAACAGCCUCUCUGAGAGUCAAUUCAGUCGAUGACUUUCUAGACCAAAUGAGAUACAUCACGAGUGCCUGCGGUACAAAACACUCUCCACCGUCUGUACGCAGCGAACAUUUAAAGGAUCAGAAGGAGAGAUCUAGCACACUCUCCAAAAGCACAACGUCGUCAUCACCAAAGAAGAAUAGGGACGUCAUCUGUGUGUAUUGCAAGCGACAAGGUCAUUCCAAAGCAGAGUGUUACAAACUAAAGAAGAGGGAACAACAAAACAAGACUUCGCCAGGGACAUCAACGCAAGUGGCGUCAAUAGAUAUUGAGGAACCUACAGAGUCUGCUUCCAUUAAAGAGGAUCCUGCGGUUGGCUGCGUAAAAUCAUCUCGCCCUCUAACUAUAAGUAACACUACGGUAGAAAUUACUUCCGUCAAUAAUCAGAAAUGCAGCAUGAUUGCACUCAUUGAUACGGGCUUUCCGGUCUCAUUCUUACAGGAAUCAGCUUAUAAAUUACUUCUUGGACAAAAUACAAAAUUAGAAAAAAACGAAACUCUUCAAUUUCAAACCUUAAACGAUUCAAAAGUUAUCGUACACGGGAAAAAGGAGCUCGAUUUUAAUUUGCAAAUUUCUCCUAAAGUUUUGUAUCAUGCCACAUUUCACAUUAUUAACCAAACAUCUUGGCCUACGCAUGUUAUUCUAGGCAGAGAUUUUUUGUUACAAAACAACCUUACUCUCGUUUAUAAUCCAGCUAACCCUUCCUGCAAAGAACGGCUAGAACUAAUUAAUGAGGUUGCAUCCGCGGAUAUUUUAACACACGAUGAGAAUACGAUACCUAUCAUUAAUUCCGAUUUUGGCCCACAUGUCGAUAAUUUAGUACACGAUAUUAUUCUAGAAGUAAAAAAUAGAACUGUUGCCAAACCUAAAGAUGAUUAUUAUGUCACUAUCAAAUUAAAAGACGAAAUUCCUUUUUCAUAUCCGGCUAGACGUUUCGCAUGGUCUGAGCGACAAGAAAUUGAUAAAAUAGUACAAGACUUAUGCUCACGUGACAUAAUACAGGAGUCCUCAUCGCCUUUUUGUUCGCGUAUUGUUUUAGUCCGAAAAAAAAUGGUAAGCCUAGACUUUGUGUGGACUUGCGUCCACUAAAUGCCAAAGUUAUCAAGCAACAUUUUACGUUCCCUAUCAUGGAAGACUUAAUGGCACAAUUAUCCGAUAAAUUGGUACUAACCGUUCUGGAUAUUGUUGCAGGUUUUCAUAAUGUUAAGGUUCACCCGAACUGUACUAAAUAUUUCUCAUUCGCCACACCUAGUGGACAGUUCGAAUAUAAAAGACUCCCCUUCGGUUACUGCGAAGCGCCAGCUGAACUUCAACGCCGCAUUAUUAAUAUCUUACAACCGCUAAUACGCGAGGGAAAAGUAUUAAUAUACAUAGACGACAUCUUUAUUGCCACAAACACAGUGGAAAAAAUCUACAGUUUUUUAAGCAAGUUCUAAUUGCACUCCAUGAUAAUUCUUUUGAAGUAAACUACGAAAAAUGUCAACUUUUUAAAAAACGAAUAGAAUAUCUUGGUUAUAUAAUUGAUAAAGACGGUAUCACGCUAAGCGAAAGGCAUACUACCGCCAUAAAAAAUUUUCUAGUGCCACACAACGUACGUGAAUUGUAACGAUUUUUAGGACUCAUUAACUAUUUCCGAAAAUUUAUAGCGAACAUAGCAAUACUCGCCAAUC